AAUCCUAUGCCUAAAUGCCCAUAUUGUACAGGUAUAAAUAAGUAUAUCUGGAACUUGCAGAGACUUUCUUCAGGAUCACCUCAAACUCACUUCAAUACAGCUCAUUUAUUUAUAACCCUACAAUCAGCCAGCCCUUUGCCUUACUUCCAGGCAUCUCCAGCAUCAUGCUGACUCUAAUCACUCUGGUCAGCGGGGCACUGUACCUGACAUAUCAAAUCCUGCGCUCCAUCCAACAAACAUUCAGAAUCCGCAGAACCGCAAAAUCGCUGGGUUGCGAGCCUCCACAAAAGAUCCCAUCGGAUCCUCUCGGUCUCAAGAGUUUUUUCGAACUCGCACGAGCAGCGAAGGACAGCCGCGUAGUCGAAUACAUUGCGGGGUUCUACGAUCAGUAUGGACCCACGUUCAGCUUGACCGGGCUAGGAGGGGUCUCGAUUCUGUCCACUGUUGAGCCUGAGAAUCUGAAAGCCCUUUUAGCCACCCAAUUCCAUGACUUCAGUCUGGGUACCCGCCACCGUGAGUUCUACCCCCUGCUUGGGGACGGCAUCUUCACACUAGAUGGUGCGGGCUGGUCGCAUGCCCGGGCGUUGUUACGGCCGCAGUUCACGCGGGAUCAGGUAAGGCCAGCUCAUAUAUCUCACGCAUCUCAGGGCCCAGAGACUAAAUGCGGACAGGUGGCGGAUCUAGAUCUGAUGGACGGUCACGUCUCCCGACUGAUCGAGCUGAUCCCGAAGAAUGGCAGCGAUUUCGAUAUCCAGCGCCUCUUCUUCCUGCUGACCAUCGAUUCCGCAACGCACUUUCUGUUCGGCGAGUCGGUCAACGCGAUGCACUCCUCCGGCCACGCCGGGGUUCUGGAGAAGACAACUGUCGGGGAUGCACAGGGCUUCGCGGAGGCUUUCAACCUGUCGCAGGAGUACCUUUUCACCCGCAACCGGUUCAUGGGCCUGUACUGGCUGGUCAACCCGAAGGAGUUCCAAGACGCCAACAAGCGCGUGCAUGAGGUCGUCGACCACUACGUCCGACUGGCGCUGGCUUCAAAGAACAACCCGAAUAAGAGUGCGGAUCGAUACAUCUUCGCCGAGGCGCUGGCCGCGGAGACGGACGAUCCGAGGGUCCUGCGCGAUAACAUGCUCAAUAUUCUGCUAGCAGGACGUGACACGACGGCCAGUCUGCUGAGCUCGGCGUUCUUCUACCUGGCGCGUCAUCCCGCCGUCUGGGACCGGCUGCGGCGGGCUAUCGUCGAAGAAUUCGGUGAUCGUGUGCAUCCGCGGGCGAAGAUCACGCAGGCGCGGUUGAAGGAUAUCCCAUAUCUGCGGUAUUUCCUGAACGAGGUCCUCCGUCUGCUGCCCCCCGUGCCACUCAACUUCCGUGUUGCUGUCAAAGACACUUCACUCCCGGUGGGCGGCGGCCCGGACGGCAAGGCCCCCGUGUUUAUUCGCAAGGGCCAGCUGGUCACGUACUCCGUAUAUGCGAUGCACCGGCGGGAAGACCUCUACGGGUCUGAUGCGCGAAGCUUCCGGCCGGAACGCUGGGAGGAGAACGCCAUCCGCGGGUGGGACUUCCUGCCGUUCAACGGCGGACCCCGGAUCUGUCUUGGUCAGCAAUAUGCCCUGACCGAAGCGAGCUAUACCCUGGUCCGCCUGCUGCAGCAUUUCGACCGGAUCGAAAAUGCCGCACCGGCGGUGGAGGAGCCCCGGAUCAUGUCCAAUCUGACUUUGUCGCAUUUACAUGGGGUGGAUAUUCGCCUGUACCCGGCGGCAUAGUAGAAUGUUUUUUUUUCUUUCUGUAUGCGUCGAUGUAUAUGUUGUUUAAGCGAUAUGCAACCCACCUCGUAUCGGGUGAGACAAGUACAUUGCCGC